UUGUCUUGGGGUAUCUUCCUUUCUUCCAUGGCUUUGGUUUACUUACCAUCAAUCUCAGAACGAUCAAAUUCAAACAGACAAUUGUAUGCAUGAGAAAAUUCGAUUUUGAAGACUUCCUGGCCGCUAUUGAAAAGUACAAAAUCCGGUAUCUGUUUGCGGCGCCCCCUAUUGUCAUUAGGAUGGCCAAGCACCCCAGUGUGGCAAAAUACGACCUAUCUUGUGUAGAAACCAUCAUGUCAGCAGCAGCCCCACUGAGAAGGGAUUCAGAAGAGGAACUAGAGGCGCGUCUUGGGACGUGUAGUGUGACACAAGCUUAUGGGUUAACAGAGGCAGGUGGUUUCUGCUCUUUGCCCCCACUGUCAAGACACUUAAGGCGACCAGGAGCGUCUGGAGUUUUAGUCCCAAAUACAGAGUGUAAGGUGGUGGACCCAAGCACGGGGAAGGAACUCGGUCCAAACCAAGAUGGCGAACUAUGGUUCCGAGGCCCUCAAAUUUCCAAGGGCUACUUGAAUAACCCUGCCGACUCUGCGACCACCUUGGACAAGGAAGGCUGGAUACACACUGGUGACAUUGGGUACUACGACGAGGACCAAUACCUAUACAUUAAGGAUCGCAUUAAGGAAAUGAUCAAGUUCAAAGGAUUCCAGGUGGCGCCAGCAGAGCUAGAGGGCGUCUUGGUAACCCACCCAGCGGUAGAAGACGCGGCGGUAGUGGGUCGACCUGACCAAGAGGCUGGAGAAUUGCCCAUGGCGUUUGUGGUACUUAAGUCUGGUAGAAUGGCCACUGAGAGGGACAUCAUGGACUUCUUGGCAGAAAAGGUGGCUUCUUACAAGCGUUUGCGGGGUGGAGUGGUAAUUGUGAAGUCGAUCCCUAAAACUGGGAGCGGGAAAAUUCUGCGGCGUUUUCUUCGAGCUGAAUUAAAGGAGAGAUUACAGAAAAUGAAACCAAAACUCUGAGGAAUUUUAUGGUGUUGUACUUCCGUGGGGAUGGAUGCUUUGACUUUUUAAAUGCCUUUUUAUCUAAUUAAUAGGACCACUUACAUUAAGACCAAAUAUCAUUGUAUAUUGGAUAUUAUUCCCUAAUUAUUUGAAGUUGAUUAGUAAUCAGUCU